AUGAACAACAUCUUCGUCGUCGAAACCCUUGAUAGGCUGCCCAAUUCUGGCAGCUCAACGAGCCCCGAAGCCCAUCUCAUCAGUCACGUCGCUCCAGCCGUACCGAGGAAAAAGAAAUGGACGACGAGAGCGAGGACAGGCUGCCUCACCUGCAGGGCACGUCGCGUCAAGUGCGAUGAGGCGAGGCCCGACUGCCGACGCUGCACCACCAGCCGCAUUCCCUGUCGCGGGUAUGAGCUCCCGCCACCCGACGCCGACGGCGUGCACGUGGCUGUGAGCGGCGUCGACAUUGCCGCGGUGAGGCGGGAAAAGCAGCAGAAGCACGGCGUCGCAACCGAGAUUGAGCCUCCUAGCUGGGAUUAUCUCGAGGCGAUCCGGUACUAUUUCGAAGUGGCCAGGCCCGGUCGCGUGGCGCAAUCAAGGACGAAGUCGUUCCGGGACCCCCCCUUUCACUCGCCAACCCACAACCGGACGGCAUUUAUCGGGCAGAUCAUCUGCGACCAAAUCUCAAAGGCGUCCAAGUCCCGCCGCAGGCUGCUCGUGGCCGGCGAGGACGCGGCGUUUGAGGGGUCGUGGAACCGCUACGCGCGCAACAUGGUUGACGCCAUCAACAUGGUCAACCAGCGGAUCCAGGACGAGGCCCUCUAUCCGAACGAGGCGCCCGCGUUCAUGGCGAUCCGCCACCUGCUCGUGCUCGACCUGUACCUGCGGAGGGUGCUGUGGCGGGCGCACCUCAGGGGCGUCAUUGCCUACAUUCAGCACCGCGGCGGCAUCAAGGAGGUGCUCAAGCUCAAGGACGGUCCUCUUUACCUGAACUUUGCAGUUGAGAACAUUAUCCAUGCCAACACCACCAGCCCCGCGAAGCAGCAGGUAGAGGGCCUCGAGCACUUUACCGACGCGGAGCUCAAAGCGUCCCUCAGCAACGCCUGCUUCGCGCCGUGCCCACUGGAGCUCUACCCGCUCCUCGUCCACAUCACUCGGCUGCGCGUCGCCGUCGCCCACCGGCAGCAGCCGCCAGGGGGCGCCCGCCUUGCGCGCAAGGUGCAGGGCAUCUUCGACGCCACCUGGCGCUUCGACCCGGGCGCGUGGGCCGAGUCGGACGCCUGGCGCGGCGAGGUCGACACCGGGCGCCUGAUGGGGCGGCUCUUCCCCGUCGCCGUCCGCCUCUACGGCAUCCAGACGCUGCCGCGGUCGGCCGUCGUCGCGUGGGCGGACUCGGCGGCGGACGUCAGGGCCGCGUACGAGCCGCUGCCGGGGCGGAACGCGCUCGAUUCCCUGCGCAUCCGCCACCGCGGGGAGAUCCUGGCGCUGAUACGGAAGCACUGGGACACGCUGCAGUACAAGACGUCCCUGGUGUGGCCGCUACUGGUGGCGGGCGUGGCGGCGGCGGACGGCGCGCCGGAGGACCGCGAGUAUAUAGAGGAUUGCUUGGAGGCUAUCCUGGCCAUGCCAAUCACGGCGUGUUCUUUUAUCACGGUCAUAGACAAGCUCCGCGCGUUUUGGCGCUCUGGUAAAACGGAAUGGGAAGAGUGCUGGGAUGAGCCAGUGGUGGGCUCUGCCUAA